GUAAACGCGCCAGAACACUAGGUGGCGCCAGACGGACUCAUCGCCGCUCUACGUGACUGACACUUUGUUAUUCUGGUCAUGUGACAAAGAAGCCCUGCCCGUCGCAUCGGCGCUUGUUGCUAGGUGGGGUGACGUCACAGACACUGGGUGACAGCCGCCUCUCGCUGGGGUUAUUUUCCGGGACUGAGCGGGGUCAGCGGAAUCCGCAGUAAUCCACCGUCACCGAGCGGCCGGGGAGUGCGGGAGAGGCGGGGACACCGAACGCAGCCCUUGUGCCGUCACCCCAGCCCCGUCUUGUGAGCUCUGACAGUGGAUGGCCCCUGUGAGCGGAUGGUGAAAAGUGCGCCGGAGGUCAGAGGCUGAUUGCGGCAGGAGGACCGGGCCUGAGCGCUGUCAUGGAGCUGAGAGUCGGGAACAGGUACCGGCUGGGCCGGAAGAUCGGCAGCGGCUCUUUUGGAGACAUUUAUUUAGGCACUGACAUUGCAGCGGCCGAGGAAGUUGCCAUCAAACUCGAAUGUGUGAAAACGAAACAUCCCCAGCUCCAUAUUGAGAGCAAGAUCUAUAAAAUGAUGCAAGGAGGAGUGGGAAUCCCAAAUAUAAAGUGGUGUGGCGCAGAAGGCGAUUACAACGUCAUGGUCAUGGAAUUGCUGGGACCAAGCCUUGAAGAUCUUUUCAACUUUUGCUCCAGAAAAUUUAGCUUGAAAACUGUACUGCUACUUGCCGACCAGAUGCAUGAAGGAAAGUUUGCCAGUGAAUGCAUUGACUGUAAUUUGAACAUUGGUUCAGCCCACGAGCAAUCUCGUAGGGAUGAUCUGGAGUCCCUGGGUUAUGUGCUGAUGUAUUUCAAUCUGGGUUCCCUUCCAUGGCAAGGACUAAAAGCAGCCACAAAGAGGCAAAAAUAUGAACGCAUCAGUGAGAAAAAGAUGUCAACGCCCAUAGAGGUUCUGUGCAAAAGUUAUCCUUCGGAGUUUGCCACCUACCUAAAUUUCUGCCGGUCUCUGCGUUUCGAUGAUAAACCAGACUACUCAUACUUAAGGCAAUUAUUCAGGAAUCUGUUCCAUCGCCAAGGCUUCUCCUACGACUACGUGUUUGACUGGAACAUGUUGAAAUUUGGUGCAAGCCGUGCUGCUGAAGAUGCAGAGCGUGAAAGGAGAGAGCGGGAAGAACGACUAAGACACGCACGAAAUCCUGCAGCUCGGGGUCUGCCCUCUACUGCUUCAGGUAGACUAAGGGGCACCCAGGAAGUGACUCCACCCACACCUCUCACACCCACCUCCCACACAGCAAACACCUCCCCCCGGCCUGUGUCUGGUAUGGAACGUGAACGGAAAGUGAGUAUGAGACUGCAUCGUGGUGCUCCUGUAAAUGUCUCCUCGUCCGACUUAACUGGGCGGCAAGAUACCUCUCGCAUGUCAACUUCACAGAUUCCCAGUCGGGUUGCGUCCAGCGGUUUCCCUUCUACAGUCCACCGAUGAACACAUUCCCUGUGGAGAGUGGUUAAAUGCAUGGCUAAUCUUUCAAUGAUUUCACUAGCAAAAAAUAAAGAAACCUAAUUGGGAAAAAGUCACAACCAGAGCAACAAAACCCUGAAUUUGAAGCAGCCAAAUAAAAAUGGAGCUUUACAUGCUUUUUACCAAGAUUAUAUUGUGAGCAAUUACCAGCUGGUGAAGUGGCGUUAUUGGAGAUGCUCUUUAGCAGAACUUUUGAGCACCAGUUCAAGAGUAGACUUUUAAGCGCCAAAACAGAAUUGCCAUUUUAUUUUCCUUUUCAGGGUCCCUUUUUAUUCUUCUGUAUCUAUAUAUGGUUUUGUAUCCUUUUUUUUGUUAAACAACUUUUACCUGUAUAAAUGUGCCAGAUCUGUCUCUUUGCUUCCGCAUGUGAGAUGAACUGAGGUUCAGUAGCCAUGAUAUUACUGUUGAGAGAACAUGUAAGUACAGACGGGCUUUUGUUUUGUUUCUUUCUCCCUUCCUUUUCAGUUUAGUUGAGCAAAAACAAGCUUUUUCUUAUGUUCCCCUUUCUUUUAUGUUUUUAUUGGUUAUUAAAGCAUUCCUAUGCACAACUCAUUAAACCGCUUCUUCAAAAAGUUCAGCAGAGCAAUGUUCUUGGAUCACUGGCAUUCAUUUAUAUCUUGUCAACAUUUUUGUUAUCUGCAUUUUUUACUGAAAUAUCUUUCAGUGCUUUUAAGAGAGGGUUUAGGUUUGUCGUCCACCUUCCUUCUUCAAUGGUGUUACUUUUAGAACAUAUUAUUGGUCUUGUAUAGAAGAUGCCUAUGACUCCACAUUGGCAAAAAAUCUCUAUUUUCUUUUAUUUUGUAGCAUUGCCAUCCUGGAGGUAUGGUAUUAGAGCAUUACGUUAUCGCCUUUAGCAGGUAAGCGGUGAAGGCCACUAAGUGUUUGUAGAAGUAACCGAAUUGUUAAACUUGUUCAUAUAAUCAGCACAGGCCCUUGAUAAAGUCGUAACGUCAUCGGACCAGUUACCCAUGCGUGGGUGGUGCAAUAUUAACGAAUGUCUAAAUUUUGUGAGGUGGGUGGGAUGCGGGAUGGGUUUCAAAUGUUUUGAUGUGAUCUUCAGCUGUGAUUUUAAAGGUAAGAUUUCUUCAUUCAGUAGACUUCACAAUACUUUAAUGGUACAGGGUGCAGUCUGGUAGAUGGAUAUUUACGAUAGGUAAGGCUUUGUGUUUAUUAGAGUAUUUCUAAAAUGUGAGGAUUGUAAUGGAAGGAGUUGUCUGUGUAUGCUAGUUAACAUGUAAUACUUUACGCAUGUCCCAUGUUCUCUGUACAAUUCUUCACAAUGUGCUUUCUCUGUAAAUAUCUGUGAAUGUCCUGUUAACUAACCAACUUUUUUCUAACCACUGUACACAAGGUCGUCUUUAUUUACAUACUGUCUGAAAGCAUAGUAAAUUACAAUCGAGGGGAGUGACCAUUCCCCCAUAUGCCAUAAUGACAGAACGUUUUUCCUGGAGACUUAAUAAAUCCUGUACAUUGAUACUUAUUGCGCAGAAAACAACUUGUAUCACUACUGUAUUUGUGUACUUUACAAAGUGUGUAAAUAAUAAAUUCGUAACUUCUA